AGCUUGCUUCCCGGGUUGGGAGGGGAAAGUCCAUGACGCAGUGUCCCCUGCAGGGGGAGCCCCGCCCCAGCCGGUGCCCCAUUCCGGGCCGACGGCCUGAGGUGGUCAGGCCCGGACUUUCCCGCCACCGAAGGGCGGGCGCGCAGCGAGCUCCCGCUCCCGCGCCUGCGCCAUGUGGCCCGCGGGCCGCGCCACCGCGUUGGCCCGGGACGGGCGCCAUCGCUUGCUCCCACAUCCUCGGCUCUCUGGGGCUGCAUGCGACGCUCUGAACUCUAGCACGGAGUCAAUAGUCCAUAGGAGGUUCUUCGAUGUUUGCAAGUGACGAACGACUGGCCUAGGCGUUUGCUGUGAGGAUUCAGAGAGAACGCAGGUGAACGCCCCUAGCUGAGAAGCGGGCGCUGGUAAAUAAAUGAUUGUGAAAGCGCGAAUGAAUUAAUGAAAAAACUGGUGCGGGAGAGCGGGAGUCCUACAGCACAGAAUGAGCGGCAUUGUUCAGACUGGCCAGGAACAUCCUCACAGCAGAUACUCGUAAUGCGCCUACUGUGUGCCAGGCUCACUGCCAACUUGUUGACUCAGUUAAAACUCUUAACCACCCAGUGAGAUCUUCAGUUUAGAUCUUGGAGGCAUAUCAACUGUGGUUCUAAAUGGCUAUGAUGUAGUAAAGGAAUGCCUUGUUCAUCAAAGUGAAAUUUUUGCAGACAGACCAUGUCUUCCUUUAUUCAUGAAGAUGACAAAAAUGGGAGGCUUACUCAAUUCCAGAUAUGGCCGAGGAUGGGUCAAUCACAGAAGAUUAGCUGUAAAUAGCUUUCGUUAUUUUGGAUAUGGACAAAAGUCUUUUGAAUCUAAAAUCUUAGAAGAAACUAAUUUUUUCAUUGAUGCUAUUGAAACGUACAAAGGUAGACCUUUUGACUUUAAACAAUUAAUAACCAAUGCUGUUUCAAACAUAACCAAUCUGAUAAUUUUUGGACAACGAUUCACUUAUGAAGACACUGAUUUUCAGCACAUGAUUGAGUUAUUUAGUGAAAAUGUGGAAUUAGCUGCUAGUGCCUCAGUCUUCCUGUAUAAUGCCUUUCCAUGGAUUGGCAUCUUACCUUUUGGGAAACAUCAACAGUUGUUUAGGAAUGCAGCUGUAGUCUAUGAUUUUCUCUCUAGACUUAUUGAGAAAGCUUCAGUCAACAGAAAGCCUCAGUUACCUCAGCAUUUUGUUGAUGCUUAUUUAGAUGAGAUGGAUCAAGGUAAAAAUGACCCAUCAUCUACCUUCUCCAAAGAAAACCUGAUUUUCUCAGUGGGUGAACUCAUCAUUGCUGGAACUGAAACAACAACUAAUGUGCUACGGUGGGCAAUUCUUUUCAUGGCCCUUUAUCCUAACAUUCAAGGACAAGUUCAGAAAGAGAUUGAUUUAAUUAUAAGCCCCAGUGGGAAGCCUUCUUGGGACGACAAAUCCAAAAUGCCUUAUACUGAGGCAGUGUUGCAUGAAGUUUUAAGAUUCUGUAAUAUAGUUCCAUUAGGGAUUUUCCAUGCAACCUCUAAAGAUGCAGUUGUACGUGGUUAUUCCAUUCCUAAAGGCACAACAGUAAUUACAAAUCUUUAUUCUGUGCAUUUCGAUGAAAAGUACUGGAAAGACCCAGAAGUGUUCUAUCCUGAGCGAUUUCUGGACAGCAAUGGAUAUUUUGCCAAGAAGGAAGCUUUGGUUCCUUUUUCCCUAGGGAGAAGACACUGUCUUGGAGAACAGCUGGCUCGGAUGGAAAUGUUCUUGUUUUUUACAGCAUUGCUUCAAAGAUUUAAUUUGCAUUUUCCACGUGAACUAGUUCCAAAUCUAAAGCCUAGGUUAGGCAUGACAUUGCAGCCCCAACCCUACCUCAUCUGUGCUGAAAGACGCUGAAAGUACAUGGGACAUUUGGGGGAACAAGAAUAUAUGUUUACCUCAUCCCUGAGCCUUGUUUAAUUAGUACAUGUGUUUGGAUAAAAGUCACAGCAUCAUAAAGCCAAAUGAA